GCAAGUCGCAAGUCGCUGUCAAAGUCAAACCUCCCGCGAUGCUGAAGCGUCGUGUUAGUAGCAAAUAAAAUUACAAAAUUGUAAUUAAACAUUUCGUUUGGUUAUAGUUAAUUUGUGUAAAGUGUGUUGUCAGUUAUCGACAUGUUGGUGCUAUUUGAGACUCCGGCGGGAUACGCUAUAUUCAAGUUGUUAGACGAAUCAAAACUAUCUCAGAUAAAUGAUUUGUAUCAAGAGUUCAACACUCCGGAGGGAGCUUCGUCAGUUGUGAAGCUAAAGAAUUUCAUUAAAUUUGAAGAUACUACAGAAGCUUUGGCAGCAACAACAGCCGCUAUUGAAGGAAAAGUGUCCAAAACAUUAAAAAAAGCUCUCAAGAAAUAUGUGUGCAAAGAAGUACAAGAUCAGCUACUAGUUGGUGAUGCAAAACUGGGGAGUGCAAUUAAAGAGAAGUUUGACCUACAGUGUGUUUCAAAUUCUAAUGUUCAGGAACUAUUAAGAUGCAUUCGUUCACAAAUGGACAGUCUCCUCACAGGACUGCCAAAGAAAGAAAUGACUGCUAUGGCUCUUGGUCUAGCUCACUCCCUCUCUAGAUAUAAACUUAAAUUCUCUCCUGACAAAAUUGAUACAAUGAUAGUUCAAGCUCAAUGCCUCCUGGAUGACUUAGACAAAGAAUUAAAUAACUAUGUAAUGAGAUGCCGAGAAUGGUACGGCUGGCAUUUCCCUGAGCUCGGUAAAAUCAUUACAGAUAACACAUUAUUUGUUAAAAUUGUCAAAUUAAUGGGCACCCGUGAUAAUGCUGCAAAGACAGACUUGUCUGACAUACUCCCAGAAGACUUAGAAGAAAAAGUCAAAGAGGCAGCUGAAAUAUCGAUGGGAACAGAAAUUUCUGAUGAUGACAUUAUUAAUAUACAACACUUGUGUGAGGAGAUAAUAUCAAUCACAGAUUAUAGAACACAUUUAACAGACUAUCUUAAAGCUAGGAUGAUGGCCAUGGCACCAAACUUGACAGUUCUAAUCGGUGAACAUAUUGGAGCUAGAUUAAUUGCACACUCAGGUUCUUUAAUGAAUUUAGCUAAACAUCCUGCGUCAACAGUGCAGAUACUUGGAGCAGAAAAGGCAUUGUUUAGAGCUUUGAAAACAAAGAAAGAUACACCAAAAUAUGGUUUAAUAUAUCACGCACAAUUAGUUGGACAAUGCAGUACUAAAAAUAAAGGAAAGAUGUCUAGGAUGUUAGCAGCUAAAGCAGCCUUAGCGACCCGUGUCGACGCUUUCGGUGAUGAAGUGUCGUUUGAAUUAGGUGCUGAACACAAAGUCAAAUUGGAAAACAAAUUGCGUCUUCUGGAGGAGGGUAAUCUGAGAAGAAUAAGUGGGACAGGCAAAGCUAAAGCCAAGUUUGAAAAAUACCACAGUAAAUCUGAGGUGUUUGAGUACCCCGUCGCAGCUGACAGCACAAUUGGCAAGAAACCUGUUAAGAGAGAACAUUCUCCAGAUGAAGAUGGCCCUGCAACCAGUAAAAAGAUCAAACUAGAGAGUGAUGAGGUUGAUAUCAAACCCAAAAAAGAAAAGAAAAUAAAGGUAGAGGUCAAAGAAGAAGAAGCAAACAGCCAAGAGAAUGGAAAUGGUACAGAAGGUACCUCAGAGAAAAAGAAGAAGAAAAAGAAAAAGUCACUCGAGCCAGAAGCAGCAGCAGAAGAAGUAAAGACUGAGGUGGAAGAAGAACCACAGCAACCCUCUAGUGAAAAGAAGAAAAAGAAGAAGAGACAAUCGAAAGUUGAAGAAGAAUAAACUACCUCGUUGAAGUAUUGUGUUUGAAUAAGUCGUAUGAAAAGGGAAACAUCUAAAGACACAAAGUACAUUUUUUUUUAUAAUAACUAUACUUGUAUCUAUAUAAAACUAAAACUGCUUCUAAUUUAGCUUCUUACUUUGUUAAACCAUCUUUAAAGUUGCUGUUUCAAUUUCUUAUUCGUUAACUAGCCUUAAGCUAUACCUACAUAUGAAUAAAUAUACAUCUAGAUUAUAA